AGUGUGGAGGCGGGAGCCCGGGCGGCCGGCUUGGAACUCUGUGCGCGCGGGCCUGGAGCUACGCCCCUCCGUCUUUUCCCGACUUCUGAUCCGCGGAGGGGCACUCGGAGCCCCAGCCUGGGUCGCAGUGUCUUCGGUGGCGCUUGGACUCUCGCCCUCGGAGGGAGGCCCGUCCCCCGGUGUCUAGCUACGGAUCCCUGGACCCUCUUCGCGGGCGCUUCGCGUAGCCGCAGGUAACUGCAUCCUGCCAGCAUGGAGGCCCCCUGCCCGCCACCGCCUCCAGACCCCCAGUUUGUCCUCCGAGGCACCCAGUCACCGGUGCAUGCGCUGCACUUCUGGGAAGGAGCCCAGGCUCAGGGGCACCCGGUCCUCUUCUCAGGGUCUCAGAGUGGCCUGGUACACGUCUGGAGCCUGCAGACACGGAGAGCGGUCACCACCCUGGAUGGCCACAGGGGCCAGUGUGUAACCUGGCUGCAGACGCUGCCCCAGGGGCACCAGCUCCUCAGUCAGGGCCGAGACCUGAAGCUGUGCCUGUGGGACCUGGCGGAGGGCAGGAACGCUGUCGUGGACUCCAUGCGCUUGGAGAGCGUGGGCUUCUGCCGGAGCAGCAUCCUGGCCGGGGGCCAGCCGCGCUGGAUGCUUGCCGUGCCAGGGAAGGGCAGCGACGAGGUUCAGAUUCUGGAGAUGCCAUCCAAGACGUCAGUGUGCGCCCUGAAGCCGAAGGCAGAUGCCAAGCUAGGCAUGCCCAUGUGCCUGCGGCUGUGGCAGGCCGACUGCAACUCCCGCCCACUCCUUCUGGCCGGCUAUGAGGAUGGAUCGGUGGCCCUGUGGGACGUCUCUGAGCAGAAGGUGUGCAGCCACAUCGCCUGCCACGAGGAGCCCGUCAUGGACCUUGACUUUGACUCCCAGAAGGCCAGGGGCAUCUCGGGCUCUGCGGGGAAGGCGCUGGCUGUCUGGAGCCUGGACGGGCAGCAGGCCCUGCAGGUGCGUGGGACUCAUGAACUCACCAAUCCCGGGAUCGCCGAGAUCACCAUCCGGCCAGACCGCAAGAUCCUGGCCACCGCAGGCUGGGACCACCGCAUCCGCGUGUUCCACUGGCGGACGAUGCAGCCGCUGGCCGUGCUGGCCUUCCACAGUGCCGCCGUCCAGUGCGUGGCCUUCGCCGCCGAUGGCUUGUUGGCCGCGGGCUCCAAGGAUCAGCGGAUCAGCCUCUGGUCGCUCUACCCAUGCGCGUGACUCACCCACUCCCCUCCCGGGAGACAAGGAGGGCGGGCAGGGAGGUGAGCAUCGGGCCCCAGCCUUGACCUGAAACCUCAAGGGCCUCUGAGGACCAGCAAAUCAUGGCCCAAGGACCACAAGGUUGGUGUUUCCUUUUGUGGAGUGUGUCAUCACAGGACGGUGACUCUGGGGGCCAGCCAGAGUCCUGGCUGUCCAAGGCCUACGGGAGAUGUUGGCUUGGGCCUGCUGUGUUGCCAGCUGAGGGUAUUUUAUAAUAAAUUUCCACUGCCAAGUUG